GCAGAUACGUUACUUCAGAUCACAACUGAAGCCCGAGUUUCUGGUGACCAUAUUCUGAAGCCAGAAAGAAUUUUCUACUUAAGUGGAAAAGGAGCAGUGAGAGACCAAAUCCCCUAGUCCUGAGGAAAGGAGCCAGUGAGGACAAGCAGGGGAAAAGAGAGAGAAGAGGCCGAAGGUUAUCAGUUCCCAUGUCCUGAUCAGCUCUUCCCAGCCUCAGAGAAGCCAUGGGAGCCUGCUGCAUCCAGUAUGUCCUGCUCCUCUCUCUGCUGGGCUUCUUCCCCUGCUCAGUUACUCUGACUUGUCACAAGGGAAUCAUGGUGCAACUUGACACUGGCUUCACUAAGAAAGCAGUUGAGUGGAAAUCAGUUGGGACCACUAAAGCUGCACAUCCUAAGAUAUGUCAGGAGACACUUCUGCUCAUAGAUGUAGGUAUAAAAUCUCUCCUAUUGGGGAGCAAAGGCACCAGCAAAGCUGAGAGUAAGACGACCCUUGAUAUCCAGAAGUUUUCCGGAGGACCUGGAAUAGUGGCCGCCUCUUAUGUCCACUUCUGUGACACUGAACUAUGCAACAACGCUGACAGCACCAGUGUCCUACUUAACAACCUGUCACUUGCAUCCUUUUCUAAGAAGAAAAAAUCCAGUGAGUGUCCUGUCUGCUUGAAGUUUCAGGGUUCCUGCUCCCAAGAAGGCAAAUUUAUGCUCUGCCCUAUGGCCACCCACUGCUAUUACAGUGACAUAACUGUAGAAGGAGGUGGGCUCAAUAUCAUCUUUAGCAUUGAUGGAUGCCUGACCAACUCUGCCAAAGACCUAUUGAACAACCAAACUUCAGUUGGGAUCUUCUCCAUAAUAGAAGCCUCUGAUCAAAAUAUCACCACUUCAUUCUCACAUGUACUUGUCCCGAGCACCCUCCCAGUCUGGAUGUUAGGGCUCAGGGCUUUUCUCAGCCCUUUGUUUACAAAGAUCUGUUCUCUUUGCUGAAUGCAUUUCCCAGCCAUACUUAAUCCCUCUUGGCUAUCCAUACUCAGCCCUCCUCUGAUCUCAUAACCCAAAGACCUGAGACCGGGCACUGUCAGCCUGUGCUGUCGGGUGCCCUCAUCCCUCCCCCACACACUCUGCCUCCUCAUGUUUAGAUAUGGGAGCCACUGAACUCACCCUGCUCCAGAGCGGACAACCGCACACUGACCGCACAUGUGGAAAAUAAAGUUGCUGUUAUUUACCAAAUACUGGGUUUCUCUACGUGAGGAGAGGAGGGCACACAGUGGAAUCCAUGAGAGACUUCCUGCCAGGAUUUGUACAGGGGACUCGGCCUAGCUGCCUUAAGUGACAUGUGUCAUAGGUUUUUCAGAUUAGCAUCCAUGGCUCCUGGGGCACAACAUGUGUUUCCAGUUCCUGAGAGACUGGUGUGCUCCCAGAAGCAGUGAAGCGUCAUUUAGGAAUAAUUUGUGUUCCUCUGUAUGUUCCCAGAGUAGUAAAGAAAGCAUGGAAGCCUGACAGGACCAUCUUAGUCACUAAUCCUUUGUGCCCUGUGUGCCCUGCAAAUGUCAUUGUAUCCUGGAAACUACAAUUGUAUACUGGUGAUUGCCAUUAGAUUCUGUUUCUAAUAAAGGUAUAAGCAAUCUGACUGCUCUCAAUAAAAUUUUCACAGCUCAGUCUUGCUGCGGACCCUC